CUUCCUUUCCUUCCUCUAGCAGCGCUGAGAGAGGUGCCUGAAAAUGUCUGCUCACUUGCAAUGGAUGGUUAUUCGCAAUUGCUCCAGCUUUAUUGUAAAGAGAAACCAUCAGGUCUUUAGUACGGAGCCAAACAAUCUGAAGGCAAGAAACUCCUUUCGGUACAAUGGCCUGAUCCACAAGAAAACAGUUGGAGUUCAGCCUGCAGCUGAUGGAAAGGGGGUCAUUGUUGUGCUAAAGAAGCGUGCAGGUCAGCGCAAGCCUGCAACAUCUUAUGAAAAAAUUUCCAUAAACAAGAACUCCCGCUCCACUCUGAGCAGCGUGCGUCACAUUAUCCGCAAGAACAACUACAGGAAGGAUCUCCGCAUGGCUGCUCUCCGUCGUGCUAGUGCUAUCCUGAAGAGCCAGAAACCAGUUGUGGUGAAGAAGAAGCGCACCCGGGCAGCCAAGACUGCAUAAAUGUUCUGCAGAUUUGUACAAUAAAAUGGUUUCAUAC